CCCCGCAUCCUUACUGUCCACAAUCCACUCAGCGAAGUCGCAACCCCCGAAGAUCAAAGCUCUCAAAUCUCGACUCUGCUGUUGCAAUCGCUUCCAAAGAACCAAAGCAGAGAUGGCCAUGAUCAGGGAUCAGCAGGUUGAGCUUGAGCACAGCCAUCUGCCCAUCCGAGGUCUCAACCUCCACGUAGCCCAAGCAGGCAAAGGGGAGCUGGGGACGGUGCUGUUCCUGCACGGUUUCCCGGAGAUUUGGUACUCGUGGCGCCAUCAGAUGCUGGCCGUGGCCGCCGCCGGCUACCGCGCCGUCGCGCUGGACUGGCGUGGGUACGGGCUCUCGGACCAGCCGCCGGAGCCGGAGGCGGCGUCGUACGACGACCUGGUGGAGGAUCUCCUCGCCAUCCUGGAUGCUCUUUCUAUUCCCAAGGCUUUCCUUGUAGCGAAGGAUUUCGGAGCCAGGCCAGCCUAUUAUUUUGCUCUUCAUCACCCUAGCCGCACAUGUGGUGUUAUGUGUUUGGGGAUCCCCUUUCUUCACGGUAGCUCAUCCUUCACCAACUUGCCAGAAGGCUUCUACAUUUUGCGCUGGCGGGAACAAGGAAGAGCGGAGUCUGACUUUGGCCGGUAUGAUGUCAAGAGAGUUGUGCGAACCAUCUACAUUCUCUUUUCUAGGAGCGAGAUCCCAAUAGCAAAACAAGAUCAAGAGAUUAUGGACCUUGCAGACUUGUCAACACCUCUUCCUGAGUGGUUCACUGAGGAUGAUCUCGCUGUAUAUGCUUCACUCUAUGAGAAAUCUGGUUUCCGAUAUCCACUGGAGAUGCCAUAUAGGUCUCUCCAUAAGGCGAAUGCAAUUGAAGAUCCAAAAUUCCAAGUCCCAGUGUUUGUUGUCAUGGGGGAGAAGGAUUAUGUCUACAAAUUCCCUGGGAUCGAGUCUGUUUUGAAAGACGGCAUAAUGGAGAAAUUCGUACCAGACCUGAAGAUCGCCUACAUCCCUGAAGGAAGCCAUUUUGUUCAGGAGCAGUUCCCAGACAAGGUGAAUGAUCUCCUGGUUAGGUUCUUGAAAGACCAUCCCGUGUCUACAUAGAUGCUCUAUUAGUGCCGAUGUUCAACCUCAUAACUAGCAGACACGAUGGGCAAAACUGCGAUGUCAACUAUGCCUGUAAAGGAAUAAUUGUGACGACUGAAGCUUUCUGUACGCAUACGCAACAACUGUACUUUGAACUGUGCUGUAUCUAGUUUUUGUACAGCUAGUUUACCAUGAAUAAAUGAUAUAAUAUUUUCGCCAUUCAGAAUGC